AUGAGCCGAUUUUGCCAGCUAGUCCUGCUCGUGUUGUUUGUGGGGUUAUUAAGCUGUGUACAUGGCUUGACUAACUCGCAGCUCGUUGCUCAAUUCUUUAUUCCGCAGAACAAGGCGAGGAAAUCUGUUGGGGUUCCUCCGCUUAAAUGGAACAGCAGGGCUGCAACUUAUGCUCGUAAUUAUGCUAGACAGAGAAAAAAUGACUGCCUACUUCAGCAUUCAGAGGUAUCACCCUACGGUGAAAAUAUCUUCCGGGGAGAAGGCCCACAUUGGACACCUCGACAUGCAAUGAAUGCUCGGAUUGAUGAAAGGAAGUGGUAUAUCCAUGCCAGUAACACUUGCACAGGCCCGGAUUGA